CUCUCUUCGAGUCUUUCUACUUUAUAGUAUCCUAAUUCUCAUUUUCUUAUAUGUCCUGGACCCAUUGUUUCUUAUUCUUUGAGUGCCAUUAUUAUGAUUCUUCAAAUGUGGUCAUGUGCUUCUUGGAAAGACAAGUCCCUUAGUCCGACUAUCUUGAAACUUCUCUGUCAAAUGUGGUCAUGUGCUUCUUGGUUAGAGUACAAUAUUAAACUCUGCUAGCAAAAGUUCUGAAGAAAUUAGCAGAAAUGUCUUGGUCUUAAUUUGUGUAGUGCUUAAAAUACUUGUGUUGCAGGACCCAGUAAUCAGGCCACUACAUGAACUGGAGAAAAGUAACUUGGAAGAUAUUCUAAUUAAACGACCAGCAGAGGAAUGUCUUGUCUCAGUUGCUGCGUCUCUUUUUCCAUGACUGCUUCAUUGAGGUCGGCCAACUAUGCCUCUUUGGUGACUGAUCAGCUAUCUUUGGUGGAAUUACACAUGGCUGGACUAGGACUUCCUGAUCUUGAUGCAUGGUACAUGAUUGAAACAAUAGCUGAGAAGAACAACAUUGGAUACACACAAUUUAUAAAGCUGAGGGGGUUAUUGUCGCAUGUUCAACAACUACGAAUUGGUUACUGGGGAAUCAGUUCUUUCAAGGCCCAAUCCAUGUCUCAUGGAUUAGCAUCUCCACGUUCAAAAGAUGCUGCAGUUGAGAGUCAGCAACCUGCCGAGGCCUCCGGUGUUGGGAGGAGCUGGGUUCAGAGCAUGUUCAGCAGGGAUAAUUCAACCAGAUUAAACUCUUUCAGUCGUGUUCGCAAAUGGACUUCUGAUGGUGGCUCUCCAGGUAUUUCAGUUGAUAAAAUUAGUUGCUUGCAUUUUAUGUUUUUUCGAUACAUCACCAUAAUUUCUUGUCAUGAAGCUACAAAUGAAAAUGGGACAUCUCGUAAGCGAGAAUUAUCUGCAGCUGGACAGAAGAAAACCCAAACCAAUGUUCGAGUACGUAGAGGCCAUACUGGCCCUAUCACUGCUCUACAUUGUGUAACAAGGAGGGAAGUUUGGGAUCUAGUGGGUGACCGUGAAGACGCAGGUUUCUUCAUCAGUGGGAGCAGACUGCACGGUUAAGAUCUGGGAUCCUAGUUUACCCGUUGAUUAGGACUUAUGCUAUUGAAUAUAUUCAUAGUGGGCAGCGAAGACUCAGGAAGUAUACACCCAAGAGGAACUUGACGAGGUCCGCAUUGAAGUAGCUGACUAUUUGCAGACUUUGCUAUAGAUGCUGACUCUACCAAAGUGAAUUUGAGUAAGGCUAGCUAGAUUUUGUAGAACCAUUUUGAAGUAGAACGUUGUACAGUUGCAGGUGAACUAAACUGCAUGUAGUUAUUUCAAUUAAUGGUCUAUUUUGGGCUAGCCUUGAUGUAGGUUGGGGUGUUUUUCCCUAUUUUUGGAACUAUUAACAAUUCUGCUGUUCUACAGAAAUUAAUGCAAUGCCCCAUAUUCAGUUAA